CUGGGCGGCGGGGCGGGCGCGGGGCCGGGCCCGCUCCAUGCGCUGCGCUGUGCCCGGCAGGAGACGCUGGCCAACCUGGAGCGGCAGAUCUACGCCUUCGAGGGCAGCUACCUGGAGGACACGCAGAUGUACGGGAACAUCAUCCGCGGCUGGGACCGCUACCUCACCAACCAGAAGAACUCCAACAGCAAAAACGACCGGAGGAACCGCAAGUUCAAGGAGGCCGAGCGGCUCUUCAGCAAGUCCUCGGUCACCUCGGCAGCGGCGGUCAGUGCAUUAGCUGGAGUUCAGGACCAGCUCAUUGAGAAGCGGGAGCCAGGCAGUGGCACAGAAAGUGACACUUCUCCAGACUUUCACAAUCAGGAGAAUGAGCCCAACCAGGAGGAUGCUGAAGAGCUGGAUGGGUCUGUGCAGGGGGUGAAACCCCAGAAAGCUGCUUCCUCUACUUCUUCGGGGAGCCACCACAGCAGCCACAAAAAACGGAAGAACAAAAAUCGACACAGGAUUGAUCUCAAGUUAAACAAAAAGCCAAGAGCCGACUACUAGACUCAUCAGUGGUGAUGCUUCCGGGAUUUAGGUCUACGUGAAUCCCCGCUGAGAAAAAUGCCAGUCGACUGAAUGAGCACGAUGGCAGCUCUCUGGCCAAGUGUCUGCAGAUGGGAGUGGCUCACUCUAAAGAACUUAGAUGGGAGAAAAUCUUGGACCAUGUACUUGCAUCAUUUUUACAUCACCUGAGUUGCAGGAAGACUAAGGUGUAAUAGUAGUAGUAGUCCUGAGUUCCUGACUGUUCUGUGCUUCCACCUCAGUCAGGAACUUCCCAAAAUUGGCUGAUCUUGCUGCCACCACCCCUGUCAUCUGCAAACCCAUGGAGAGGUAUUUCUUUUUCCACUGGACCUAGGGUAUGAUUCAGUAUGUCCCACCUAUGUUGUAAGACUUAGAUUACUUUUAUUGCUGAUAAUUAGCAUUGUAGUUUUGGUUUUGCUUUGGUUUUUUGUUGGUUUUGUUUUUGUUUUUAAACCAAAGUGUAUAGUUAACAAAUUGCCUUUGGGUUUCUUUGUUUUAAUCCAUGUAGAGCGGAAAGUUCUUCAUUUUGUGGAACAGCUUAUUUUGAUUCUUACUCAAGCAGAGAAGAAGGUGGUUAACCCUUUUCUCUAACUUUAAUUUUAAACACCAUCCCCUGAAAUUUACACAGUGCUUUUAGAUGCAGGGAAGGCUGGAGCUCCAAAGCCAUCUUGCUCUUUACUGUCUUUGAGGUUGGGUGGAUUCUCUUUUUAAUACAAACUUCUGUCAUUUGUACAUAAACAAUAAAAUUACAUGUUUGUCUCUCUUCUCAUGUUUUGUGCAGUCCAAAAUUUGACUCCUAGUGUUUUUUUAUUCUCCAUCUGCUUUAUUGAGGACUUUGCUGGAAUUCUUCCACUUCUGCAUAGUAGCUUUUCCUUGUCUCGUGACCAUCCUUGUGCUUUCUUUCCUCUGGUAGACAUAACAUUGACUACUUGAAAGGAUUGCCAGGCACUAAUCUCCAGCUGUGUUCCAACUAAUCCCGCUUCAAGGUAGGACUUGGAUGUAAGUCAGUUCUUGCUGAUACUGGCAGAAUGCCCGCAGAUAAGAAAUGAGCAGUCUGGAUUGCCACUGGUAGAGUACACAGAGGGAUGAGUGUUAGGUGCUUUUCACAGUAGCCGGGUCAAGAUAUCAGUGCUGAUGUUGAAAUAAGCUUUGCUUUUCUCAAGGUGGCAAAUAGGUUUUGUUACUGGUGCUGUAAUGUAUUUGUGUCUGCUUAAUGAGUGCUGUGGGAAAAGCUGUAUCGCUCACCUGACGGCCCCCCCAGUGCGUGCAUGUGCACUUGUUACAGCUGAGUGUUCAUUCCGUUCUGCUACACCUCUGCUUUCCUGGUGUCUUGGGUCUUUUUCAGCUCCCUCCAGGCAACACAGUCAGUGCAGAGCGGUACCGAAGAGUGAAGGCAAAUGUGUAGGGCAAAGUUCUCCCUUGUUCUGUUGUCUGGUUCAGGGAUCAAGGCAGCUCUGUAUUUGUUCACGGUGGGAGCUGGCUUAUCCCACAGUAGAGUGAGCAGCUGGCACUCUGCUGUCAGGGGCCGAUGGCUGCUUAUCUGCAGGGGGGUGUCAGGAUGUAAUGGCUUAACGGGAGAGCAGCAAAGCUGUCCUACUUUUUUGUGUUUUAAGUUACAGAGGUUAAAUACAGGGGGGUGGAAGAUCUAGGAAACAGCAUAAAUUCCUGAAAGGCCUUGCUUUUCCAUAGUUCUGGAGAAAAGAAGUCAUAGCUGAUGGUUUUUGAUUACUUGGCCUUGGUACAAAAGCAGUUUUUCUCCCACUACUUCCAAAGCAAGGAUUGCAAGAGCGCUGAACUUCAGAGAGUAAAAAAUCUUUGCUGCACCUCUUUGACCUCAAGGAAAGCUGCUGUACCUUUUAGACCAGAACAUUUACCUGCAGAGAAACAGCAAAGGGCUCCUGUAGCUUGGCUUGGAGGCCUGUGUGUACAGGAGUUUUUUGUGGUGAAGUGUCAAUCAAUCAGCUCCACUUUCCCUGUGAUAGGCAUUAGGGGUGCUGCAGGGACAAGGGGAAAACGCAACCUUUCCUGCCUCCGGCAGUGUUUGUCACUAAAGGAAGGGGACAGCCUGUUCUGAUGAGGACAGUGUCUGAUGGCAGCAGCCCUGGGGAGCCAGCACACUGAUCAGGGCAGAAAGCUAAAUGGCAAACGCUUGGUUCACAGUUGAAGGCACCCUGUUCUGCUGAUAUGCAGCUCUUCCCUCCCAGGUCCUGCUGAUGGGCAGUAGCCCUUUGGCUGCCACGAGACAGGUGAGAUUAAGAGGCCGUGGGGCUCUGUGCGGUCUGCCCCAGCUUGUCCCAGAACAAGCACUAAUGGCUGAAGCUCUGCAGCAGCAGCUUCCCCACGGUGUUACUGUGGGGCGGGGGGGAGGAUGGUGUGUGGCGGUCUCUGAUCACUUUGGGAACAUAAGCACCAUCUCCUACAAGAGUGUCAUGAGAUGGAUGCUGGAGUCUGACUCUGGCAGUUGUGCCUAAAACUUCUAUUUUAUUUCUGAAGACUUCUGUUUUAAUUCCUAAAUGGCCUGAGUGACUAAAGAUCCCCAGAUAGCCUGGCCUGGGACACAGGAGUCAGAGUGCACUGCAUGGGCUUUUACCUGAAUGCUAAUGAAAGCUAGAAGUAGUAGUUAAAAAUAAAUUGCAAGUCCUUUGCUUGUAGAAGAUGAAUCCUGAGCAGAGCAAACGAGGGGUGGCACAGCAGCAACCGUCCUUAUGGCCACCAAAGGUAGAGCAGGAGAAACACUAAUCCCCUGCGCAGCCUCGUCACCAAGAGGAUUAGGCAGGAUUUUAUCGAGCCCAAGCAAGCGGUGAGCAGCAGCUGAGAGCUGACACCACGCAGGAGGGGCAGCAGCUGCCCCAGCCAGGUCCAGGAGGGGUCCGCGCAUGGUGCAUCGCCGGGUAAGGGGGCACAGCCCGGGGGGAGCAGGCGUCCCUGCUGAACUCAUGUCCUACCUGCUGGGGUCUGGCCCUGUGAAUGCUCGCCCUCCCUUUUGCUAGCCUGGCACUCAGCGAGCCAGGCUGGACACCAGCGUGUGCUGGUGCACCCCGCGGCUGCCACGCGUCCCUCCAGCAUGCGGAGCGUGGCACGUGAGCAAGCCGGUGGCUCCCAGGGCUGUGGGCACAUCACCUCUCCGUCUCCUGGUCUGCAGGGUCCCCAUGGGCAGGCAGCGUGGCCCGCUGGUGCCGAGGUGGAGGCAGCUCCUGCGCGCCGGGUGCCGGUGGCUCCUCUCGCUCUCCGGGACAGUGCUCUGGGGGCUGUGGUGGCUCUGGAGGCUGGUGUGGGUGGGUACCACGGGGGGGUGGGGGUCCCUUCCCCAAGGGCCUUCAAGCACUUGUGUCGGCUCUAAACGUGGCGCGUGCCCAGAACCAGGUGCCGGGGCGUGGGGUCAAGGGUCUGCCGGAGGGGUGUACCGCUCUGUACCUGUGGUGCCGGGGGCUGUGGUUCGGUGCGGCGGGGGCAGAUGGGGGAGGAGGUCACCACGCCGUCCGACAGCAUGGCUGGAGGAUUGGGACCCUCAUCCUUGGGAGUUGGCUUGAGGCACUGUAUGGUUCUGCCCUCCGAGAGCACUGGGGAUGUGGGGAUGUUGCUCCGGGCUCUGCCCUCCCUGGGGCAGGUUUGAGCCUGCUGCUCUCACCACGCGGCUGCCGUCCUCUCCCCCAGUACCUGCUGUUCUGCUACAAGAGCUGCUGGGACGGCGCCUUCCAGGUCACCGAGGAGGUAACUAACUCACUCCCCCAACGUGCCCCCACGCCACAGGGGCUGCGGAGAUUUCUGACUCCCCCAGGACACGGCUGAGCCCGGUGACACGGUCUGUUGGGCGGCCCUGUGGCACCAGAGGGGCUGUAGGACCCCAGGUCACAGCAUGGCAGGGUUCCCUGGUCAGCGUCGGUGCCAGCGGCCAGCCGGGCUCGGCUGCCCGUGGAUAUGUCAGUCCCUGCUGUCCAUGGCGGCUUUCAGCUUGGCAUGGUGCUGCGGUCGAAUCUGGAAAGUGGCAGCCAGGGGAGCGAGGAGGAGGAGGAGGACGGGGGUUCCACUUCUGCGCUGGAGCCUGGGCAGGCAGGUAGGUCCCCGGCACGGCG